AACAUCCAAGUGGUUUACAUCUUGAUAUUUAUUAUCCAGAAUAUGGAUUUGCGAUCGAAGUGCAAGGUGAACAACAUAAACAUUAUAUAGAAUUCUUUCACAGAGGAAAUCCCAAUAAUUUUAUUAAACAACAGGAACGGGAUCAACACAAGAAAGAUUUAUGUGAGGAAAACUGGAUUGUUUUAAGGUAUGUUUGGUACUACGAAGACCAAUAUGUAGUUAUUCCUGAGCAUCUUCGAGAAUUGGGUCUUAUUGAGUAA